AAAACCUAUUUUUUAAGUUAAAAAUAAAAUAAUAAAACUAAAGUCAAAAUUAUAAGUUAAUUAUGACUUGCUCUUGCUAAUCCAUUCCAAUAAAAGCUAUUUUUCCGGCGUUCCACCGGAAAAUUCAUCGGGAUGUCAACUAAAGAACUCUACCGGAGAAUUCAGCGUUUCUACAGUUUUUCCAAAAUGACGAGUGGCUUUCAUCGCCUAAUGCACACAAUAUCCGACGAAGAAAACUGCGCGUUGGAAGUGCAGACGUUUCUCAAGAAUAAAGCAGAUAAAUCGGUGAGUGACAUUUUUCAAUCUCUAAGUGAUUGCAAUUUCACAUUAUCUGAAGAUUUCAUUCUAAACGUGCUUAAACGGCACCGUUCUGAUUGGAAACCAGCUUUUAUCUUCUUCAAAUGGAUAUUAGCAGGUGAAAAUCCAUGUAGGUAUUCACCAAAUACUGAAUCCUUCAAUGAAAUUCUCGAUAUUCUUGGUCGUAUGAGACGUUUUGAUGAACUCAACCAAGUGCUCGACGAAAUGUCUAAGAGAGGAAAUUUGGUUAAUGAAAAAACUUAUGGUAUUGUGAUUAAUAGAUAUGCUGCAGCUCAUAGAGUUGAAGAUGCAAAAGCGUUUUUCUAUAAGAGGAAAAAUUUUGGUUUGGAACUUGAUCUUAUUGCUUUUCAAACUCUUCUUGUGUGUUUAUGCCGAUACAAACAUGUUGAAGAUGCUGAAUUCUUGUUCUAUAAUAAGAUAAUUGAGUUUAAGGAUAACAUUAAAACUCGGAAUAUUAUUUUGAAUGGAUGGUGUGUUUUGGGGAAUUCACGAGAAGCGAAGAGGUUUUGGAAUGAUAUUGUGACUUCAAAAUGUAAGCCGGACAAAUUUACAUAUGGGAUAUUCAUCAAUUCAUUAUGUAAAUCCGGGAAAAUAAGCAGGGCGGUAGAGUUGUUCCAGACAAUGUGGGAAAAAGGGUGUAAGCCAGAUGUUGCAAUUUGUAAUUGUAUUAUUGAUGGAUUGUGUUUCAAGAAGAGAAUCCCCGAAGCCCUUGAGAUUUUUCGUGAAAUGAAUGAGAGAGAUUGUUUACCUGACGUUGUCACUUAUAAUUCUUUGAUUAAGAAUUUAUGCAAGAUUAGAAGGAUUGAGAAAGUUUAUGAGCUUUUAGACGAGAUGGAAACGAAGGGAGAGAGUUGUUUGCCAAAUGCUAGAACUUAUGGUUACUUGUUGAAUUCUGCCAAGACGCCUGAGGAAGCUAUUGGGAUUUUGGAAAGGAUGAAUGGAAACCAGUGUAAGAUGACUGGAGAUAUUUACAAUUUGUUGUUAAGGUUGUUUAUGAGCUGGGAUGAUCAAGAUAAAGUAAAGAGUACGUGGGAUGAGAUGGAGAGGAGUGGACUAGGACCUGAUCAACGAUCUUAUACAAUUAUGAUUCACGGUCUGUAUGAAGGGGGAAGAUUAGAGGAUGCUUUGUCUUAUUUUAAUGAAAUGAUAUCAAAGAGUAUGGUGCCCGAGCCACAGACAAACAAGUUGGUGGAUGUCAUGAACACGUUAAAGGAGAAAGGAAAGGAAUCGAAGAAGAUGGAAAUAACGAAAAAGGGGAGGAAGGCCAAGAAUACUGGUUAAUACAUGCUCAGUUUAUUAUUUUUCUCUUGGCAUGCUAUUUGUUUACAUUAGAACUGAGAAAUACAAGCACUUGGAGGGGGUUCUCCGGAAUGCAAGCUAGCCAAGGGUAUAUUUAUUGCCCAAUAUAACCCCACGUUGGAGAAUGGCGAUGUUUAGUUCUGGCCUCGAGUAGCAUGAUGAUUACAUAUAUUGAGUUGCAGAGCUGGUAAUUUCGAUUUUGGGGGUUGUCACAGCCUCACAGGUUCGUCCAUUCUAAUCCUUGAUGUGGUCGAAACCAGAAAAACUAACUUGUUUUAUUGUCCGUGACUCGUGUUUAUGAUGAGUUCACCCUAAUAUAAGACUUGGGUGAUAGAUUGUAUCAGUUCAAUGACGCCAGAAUCAAGGACAAAAUCUAGGUGAAGGUUGUAAAAAUUAGUUGAAGAAUGAAAGUAGUUCUGGAUACCAGAGACCAAGAAGUGGUGUUGUGUUGCAGGUGUAUAGUUUUAAGGAAUACUUUUUCUUGACGGCACAGGCUAUCAAUGUCCCAUAAGUAUAACUUAGGAAAUCUGUCAUUCAUUUAUGAUAAUUCGGAAUAUAUUUGUUAUUUUUUCCUUGAAUAAAUUAAAUUGUUGUUCGUCAAAGCCUUU